ACUAGUUAGACCACCACAGUGGAGUCUUUGGAACAAAGUACAGCAGGUACAGCCUGUUGCUUGAACGCUAUCAAGGCAACAUGUCGUGGCUCUUCGGCUGGGGAAAGGGCUCCGGUGCUCCGCCGCUGGAGGAGCAGACAGCAGCCGCUGCUGAAGGGACCAGAGGUGCACCAGGAGGCGGCUCUCGGGGAGAAAAACCCGGGGACAAGUGGAGUAACUUUGACCCGUCUGGGCUGGAGAGAGCUGCAAAAGCUGCAAAGGACCUCGACAAAUCACGACAUGCCAAAGAUGCGUUGGAACUGGCUCGUAUGCAGGAGCAGACUGUUCAGCUGGAGCAUCAGAGUAAAGUGAAGGAAUAUGAAGCCGCUGUGGAGCAGCUGAAGGGCGAGCAGAUCCACCUGCAGGGCGAGGAGAGACGCAAAACACUGGCAGAGGAGACAAAGCAAAACCAUGCAAGGGCACAAUAUCAAGACAAACUUGCCAGACAGAGGUACGAUGAUCAGCUCAGGCAACAGCAAUUUCUCAACGAGGAGAACCUUCGCAAACAAGAGGAAUCAGUUGUGAAGCAAGAGGCCAUGAGAAAAUCUACCAUUGAACAUGAAAUGGAGCUGAGACGUAAGAAUGACCUGAUUCGCGUGGAAGCGGAGGCCAAAGCCCGCGCCCAGGUGGAGAGAGAGAACGCCGACCUGAUCCGGGAACAGAUCCGCCUGAAAGCUGCCGAACACAGACAAACUGUCCUGGAAUCUAUAAAGACGGCGGGAGCGGUGUUCGGGGAGGGAUUCAGGGCCUUCGUCUCUGACUAUGACAAACUCACAGCCACGGUCGCUGGGUUGACCCUGUUGGCGGCAGGCGUGUAUUCGGCCAGGAACGCCACAGCAGUGGCAGGGCGAUUCAUAGAGGCUCGUCUGGGCAAACCCUCACUGGUCCGAGAGACCUCCAGGAUAACCGUCAUUGAGGCCAUCAAACACCCAAUCAAGACUACCAAGCGUCUGAGAAGCAGGCCACAGGACGCCUUGGAGGGUGUGGUGCUCAGCGCAGCUCUGGAGGGACGUGUGAGGGACGUUGCCAUCGCCACUCGCAACACCCGGCAGAACAACGGCUUGUACAGAAACAUCCUGAUGUAUGGACCCCCUGGAACUGGAAAAACACUCUUCGCCAAG